AGUUACCGAAAGCUCGGCGAGCACAUAUUCCAGAGCACUGAUUUUAUGUUGUAUUCUUGUCAAUAUUUUGAUCACAGUGCUGCGCAGCCCUUCCAUACUUCUCUAGACAACCAUGAACAACUUCAGGGCGCGUCGUGACGCGAGCGCAGCGCACCUUGAUAUUAUUUGGCACAGCUCAUACGUGAAUGUGCACACAGUACGGGGACGGACGUGCGUGUGACUUCUGCCGAACCUCUCUAAUAAUAACUGCGUGUACAUCUUUAAGCCGCAUAGAACGCGCAAAAAGCUCUAAACUUCAAAUUUCCGCGUUCCAUCUUUCACAAGUCCGAUAAUCGAUGGUUUAGUUGUCCGCCAAAAAAAAUUUUGUUUCAAGUACUACCCACAUUAAGCAUUACUGAAAGAAGGAUUUUCUGUCGAUAAUAUUCCGGUUAUACAUGUAAAUUGCUAAAUAUGGGUAUCGGCUCCAGUUCCUGCAUGGGCCGCCAGAGGAAAGCAAGAAGGUACCGCUUGAACGACCCUCGUCUUGCAAGGAGGGAUGAGUUUCUCGCGACCAUGUCCGACUUCGGAAUGACGAACGGAGAGCUGUGCUUCCGAUACGGGAAUAUUGACCAGCGUCAGCCUCCCAACCCAGCAAGAGAGGUCUCUGAAGAUGACUCAACAGCAGUGGAUGAUGUUGAUGCCGUAUCCAAGGAGGAAAAUGAGAAGAAUGAGGCAGCUGAGAAAGCGAUGACUUGUCACAACCACUGCCCUCUGCCUGCAGGCGAGGAUAUCUCAGGCACACCUCAUCCUGACCUUCCUAAGGGAGUGACUUGCAUCACGUGCGCCGCUACCAUCAUGGAAAAGGGACAAGAAGGAGGAAUGGGCGAGAGUAUGAAAUUAGACACAAACAUCAGCAAAACGUCCCAGGACACCAGAACAGCUGAAGCGAAGAAAGAUGUCGCCAAAGAGCUUGGAUCAGUCUCAGCAGGUGCCAUCUCAGCAGGCGCCGAGGAAAACGAAAACUUGACCAAACAGGAAAAAGGUGUUCAAGGGCAAGCUGUAAAUACAGAAAACAAAGCUGACCCCUUUUCUGGUGACAAGAUGUCCCGAGGUUCUCGAUGGAGGCGUCGCUACAACGCACAUGACAAGACCCCAUCGACUCUGAAAGUUGAAUAAGUCCUGACACACUCGAUCCGAUAGCCUCGUCUUAUCUCAACACGAGCCAGCUAACGAUAGUUGUCAUUAAAUUUUCAAAUGAACUGGCAAAAGAUUAACUUAUAUAUGUGAAUCUAAAUUUUCAUUUGCACAACUCGGUAAAUACCCAAGGUCUGAAACUGUUUCCUUAAACAUUUUCACAUUGAUAAAUGUUAUUGAAUAAAAGGUUUUCCCGGUACAUAAGUAGUCCUUUGUCCAAAUUCAUAUUAAAAACUGUUAAAAAGUACAAAAACAAAACACACUGGGAUUCAUAAGUCACAGAACAGUAUCAAUUUAAUCAAUAUCACAGGAUGUCAUACUUGUACCCAAGUAGAAGUACGAGAUUGCAAAUAAACAAGUAGAUUCGACGAUGAAACA